CCAGAGGAAAAUAGAGAGAUAUUCCAGGAUGUAGAGAGAGAGAGGGAUAGAUACAGGGAGAGUCAUAGAUUUAGCACAAAAGAGACAGAUAAUUAAAGAGACAGAUAAAUAGAGAUUUGUGUAUAGACGGGAAGCAAAACAGGGCCGGUGCUACCUGCUGGGAGGUGCAAUGAGGCUGUGUUAUCGAUACUGGCCAGACGCAGGUUGCAGCAGCAGCAGGGCAUUCCUCCGGCUGGAUGUCUGUUAUUCUGAGGCAGUGCUGUGAGUGGUGCGUAGUACCACCAAAUCCAGCACGACUGUGGCGGGGGAGAAAAUCUCUGACAUGCCCACGGAGAUGCUUCAGUCAGAAGGCGUGGGCAAGGAUGCCACCCUACCUGCAGCCACAGCCGGCCCGGCUCAACCCGGCGCGGUGCCAUUGCGGAUCCUCAACAAGGGGCCUGAAUACUUCCGCAGGCAGGCCGCAGAGCAGCACCAACCGCAUCGUAUGAGCGCCGUGGAGAGGCUGGAGGCGGACAAGGCCAAGUACGUGAAGAGCCAAGAGGUGAUCAACGCCAAGCAGGAGCCUGUGACGGCUGCUCUUCUCCUGCCCAGCCCUCCUGGACCCCCUGGUGGUCCUGCAUAUGGUCCCAAGAGAGCUGGCAGCAGCCCUGCCCUCAAAGCCUCCAACAAAAACAACGGUAAAUCUGAUGUGGGCCAAGCCAAGCGUGCCAACCUCAAUUUAGAGAUCCUGCGGAAUCUUCUCAACAGUUCAGAGAGUUGCAUGGCGGGCCAGGGGAAUGGGGCGAGGAGCUGGGCCCCACAGCGCUCCCGGUCCAGCGAGCUUCACCGCCGCUCCUUUGCUGAGUCGCUGCGGGUGUUCCCCACGCAGGGUGCCAACCUCAACCUGAGCGCCAGCCUCCUGCAGGAGCGGCCUGUCGAGGGGCUGCUGCACCUCUCACUCAGCUCCUCAGACUUGCGCUUGCCCCUCCGUGUGAAGCCCGGCAUUAGCGGAGGCUCUGGCCCGCCCCCGCCACCCAAGCCCCAUGCCUCUGUUCCCCGGAGACCAUCCCUGAACCGGUCCAAAUCUGACCUGAGCGAGCGCUAUGCCCGGGCAGGCGCUGACGUGGAGCGCUUCUUUAACUACUGUGGGCUGGACCCCGGGGAGCUGGAGGGCCUCGGUGUGGUGGAGAGCUUUGCCCGGGCCAACUCCGACCUCCUCUCCCUCAACUUCCGCAGCGCCAGCAUGAUCAGCUCCGACUGCGAGCGAUCGCUGCACAGCAACGACAACCUGACAGACGACGCGGACUCGGCUGAGCGCGUCCCCUACGGAAUAUCUGCCGUCGAGCGCAAUGCACGCGUUAUCAAAUGGCUGUAUAGCAUCAAACAUGCACGGGAGUCUCAGAAAGUCUCCCAUGUUUGAGAGGACUCAAGCUUUAUUAGGUCAUGAUUAGCGGAACUAGCUACAAAAGGCAUUCAUAAUCCAUCCAUAAGCACUAAAUAAAUAUAACUACUACAUAGGUAGUUGAUAAACGCUUUGUGAUGUAUUUAACAUAGCAUCUUACAGUGCAUUUAUGUCAAAGUAUAAUAUCAUUAUUGGUAUUUCUGAACCAUUUGUAAAUCAGUAGUAAACUGUAAAUCAUCAUGUAUUAUGCAUUUGUCCAUUUAUUAACAGUAAGUUAAUACAAUUGAAAUAUUUUUUAUUCAUUAUUAUGUCAGAUGUCAUAGCACUAAUGUCACUCAUGAAGACAUCCAGAAACACUAUGAAAUAUCUACAUGAUAAAGAAACGUAAAUGCGUAAACAUAAAACACUUGUUGGAGUACAUGCAUAUGUAUGGUAAAAACAUGUAUAUGUGUAAAGUAUGUAUUAAAUCGUCAACAACAGGCCUUAUACUGUAUAAAGGUAAACACGGUUAUAUGGAUUAGUGUUUAUAAGUAGUUUAAAAGCAGGCACUCAAAUAAAAAUGUUUCCAGUUACAAAACCUGCCCACAAUUCAAAUUUGGACCUAAGGACUGCUAACCAAAGUUCCAAACAAAGGACAAGACAUACCUACACGCUGUCCACAGAGCAUUGGCCUUCCUUUUCUUUUUUCUUUCCCUACGAUUCUACAUGUUGAAUCGACACCGUUCGUUGACACCCAGCAGGUGAUCCACUGCGCACGGCCAACAUUCGUGUCGGUCUGUCUUGUCCUUUAAGGAUAAGGAUAAGCUGCACUAUAGGGUGAUGCUAUGUCAAACUGUGACGUUUUCAUACAGUAACCCUAUAUGCUGCUGUUUCAUCAUGUUUACCUAGUGCUUACAGUAAGGUUGUAAAUGCUUCCUGUAGAUACAGUGGAUGUAAUUCAUUAUCCAUUAUGCAUUAUUUGAUCUAAAAUAGGUAUUUGUGGUCCUGAAAACAUUGUCCUGUCAGCCUGCAUGCUUCCCCAAACCUGCAGUUCUCAGACAGAACCUUGAUUUUAAGAUGGCUGCUGCAGUACCUUACUAUCUUUCAACAACAACAAAAAACGAGUUAAGCAGCAUUGGCACAGUCAGCAUUGUCUGGGUACACGGACUGUUACUCAAGUCAUUCCUGAGGCUGAGCGCGUUAUGUUCUGCUAUUUGCACUUCAGUGUCGAUGCUUAGCUCCUGUGUGCUUUUAUCAAUACCCACGUGUGUGUGUCUCUGUGUCCAAGCGCUGUGUGACUAUAAACUCUUUAGCUGGCAAAGCAUGUUAUCAACUUCUAUUUGGUUUUAUACUGGUUCUGUAGUUCCCUCUAUGUGGUCACUGUUGUGUUCAUCGGCGAAGUAGGACCGGAUGGUUGCGUUUGGGGACUAGUGGCUUGCUCUACGUGUCAAUGCAUCACCAAUGCAAUGUACCAGUGGCCCAAGAUCUUUUUGUAUUGUAUAAUGUAUACUGUAUAAGGACAUGCAUAGCACUUCAACUGCUACCAUAUGUAUGAAAGGCUCAAUUCUGCUUGUUACUGUAUUAAAUAGCUUAUUAACUGCU